AUGGGAAAGAGCAAGGUGCUUGUGGUAGGUGGAACUGGGUACGUGGGGAGAAGGAUUGUAAGGGCAAGCCUAGCCCAAGGCCACCCAACCUAUGUCCUUCAAAGGCCAGAGAUUGGUCUCGACGUUGAUAAGUUAGAAAUGCUCUUGGGAUUUAAGAAGCAAGGAGCUCACCUUGUGGAGGGUUCAUUUUCUGAUUUCCAAAGCCUUGUUGAUGCUGUCAAGCUUGUUGAUGUUGUCAUCUGCCCCAUGUCUGGGGCUCAUAUUCGGAGUCACAACAUUUUGAUGCAGCUCAAGCUUGUUCAAGCUAUCAAAGAAGCCGGAAAUAUUAAGAGAAUCAAAGAAAAGGUGGCUUAUGGUAUCGAAGGUCAGGGUGGUGGGUGGUUAAUAGUGAUAUUCCAAGUCCUCAAUAUGAAAAGAAACAAACGUUUCUUGCCAUCAGAGUUUGGUUUCGAUCCAGCACGUAUGGGACAUGCACUUGAACCUGGAAGAGUUACAUUUGAUGAGAAAAUGAUAGUGAGAAAGGCAAUAGAAGAUGCUAAAAUCCCUUUCACUUAUGUAUGUGGCGCCGCCUUCGCCAGCUAUUUUGCCGGCAACCUUUCUCAGAUGGGAACACUCUUCCCUCCAAAGCAAAAAGUGCUUAUUUAUGGAGAUGGUAACGCUAAAGUAACUAUUUUGGAUGAAGAUGACAUCGCAGCAUAUACAAUCAAAACAAUAGAUGAUCCGCGAACAUUGAACAAAACAUUGUACCUUCGUCCACCAGAAAACGAACUCAGUCAAAAGCAAUUGGUCGAGAUGUGGGAGAACCUAAUAGGCAAGAAACUAGAACAUAUUUCCAUUUCUGAACAAGACUUCCUUGCCUCUAUGAAAGGUAUGGACUAUGCAGGCCAGGUAGGAGUGGGGCAUUUAUACCACAUGUUCUAUGAAGGCGCUCUGACAAACUUUGAAAUCGGGGAAGAAGGAGAAGAAGCUUCAAAGCUUUACCCAGAAGUGAAAUACACCCGCAUGGAUGAAUACUUGAAACUUUAUACAUGA